CAUCGGCGGGCAACACGGAAACGCUGGAGGCUUCGCUUGCAACUUUACUUGCGCGCUAUUAAAGGUAUCGACAGAAGAAUUACAAUGAAGUGUUCCUCGGCGUACAGCAGUAUGUUCGUGCUGGUGAGCACACUCGCCUUGCUCCUAGUCUCGGCAAACGCCGCGCCAAUGGAACCGGACGACGAACAAUCAGAAAAUACGCUAGUGGCCCACGACAGUAACGACAUGGACAUGUCCGGAGGGCCCUGGGACGCCGUCAACACCGCCGCGCUUCGCAAGCUGUUGCUCCAACUGGAUGCCGAGGAGAGGUUGGGAAUGGGACGCGUCGGACGCUCCUGGCCACAGGCAGAGCCCCGCGGCUGGAGCCGCACGCUGGAUGGGCGCCUGGUAAGGCCGUGGCGCGCGGACAAGCGCCAGGUGCGCUUCAGGCAAUGCUACUUCAACCCCAUCUCCUGCUUCCGCAAAUAAAUGGACCAGCGACAACAAACGACUCGCUCGACGCUCUAGUGUUACGGUUAAUGCUCAUUUCAACUGUUCUGGAUUAAAGUCUUUCUUGUUAGGUUUUGUAUUGAUGAUUGUUAUAAACUUUAACUAUUUUAAAUUAGCCGUAUGCUUCGUAAUAUUUAACUCAACCCUGGAUUAGGCGCAGAACACAAUGGCGCUUCCCGCGAUUUAGUGGGGUUCUACGUUUCUGUAACUUUUUGGAUCGAGUCGUUGAACCAUUCAAAGUUUUCGCGAUCGUCUUGAAGCGCCUAUCCCUGCAUACAAUUCUAGAGUCUUAGAAAUAAACACUUGAAAAAUAAUUGUAUCAUUGUGAUGAAAAAUCCUGUUGUAAUUCAAUAGUUCUAGGGUAAGGGCAGUUCAUCUAUUCUUUUAUCUGUUACAUAAAAUCUAGUCAUAUCUUCUCUUAUAAUAUAGUUUAAUUUUCACGUUCAACUGCAUGUAGAUAUAGCAAUACGAGAUGGCAUCACAGAAUGCGACUGAUUGGUUAUACGGUUAUGGUGGUCGUGUAAAUAAAUCUUACAUUCGGCAGAAAUAAGAAAAAUAUCAAGAAUAGUAAUCAAUACACAAGGUUGCGUGGAUCAUCAUUGGUUUAGAAGACGGUAUUUUAGCAAGCUCUCAACUUACAUACUGAGCUUGCUUCGUA